AUUUUCCUAUUCCAAAUUCGAUUAGAGUUGGGGUAGACUCGUUCUCACUCCGCGCAACGCAAUAGCUGUAGUGACCCAUAUUCAACACUCGCAGUUGCAGAUGCUGAACCAACGACAACUAGAAGAGUACCUCGAUGUUCUGACCAAUUCCGGUCACAAAACCGGGAUUUUCAAGCCCAGAGGAGAAGUUCAUCGAGAGGGGGAUUACCAUCGUGCUGUACACGUUUGGAUUUUCGCUGAGAGCACGCAACAAUUGCUCCUCCAACGGCGUGCUCGCUGUAAGGAUUCUUGGCCUGACCUUUGGGAUAUCUCCAGCGCUGGUCACAUAUCUGCUGGUGAUUCCUCCCUCGUCACUGCUCGGAGGGAGCUCGAAGAAGAGUUAGGUGUAACCCUUCCCAAGGAUGCAUUCGAAUUGAUAUUUAUUUUCCUCCAAGAGUGUGUCAUAAAUGAUGGAAAAUACAUCAAUAACGAAUAUAAUGAUGUGUAUCUGGUAACAACUCUUGAUCCUAUACCUCUGGAGGCCUUUACACUUCAGGAAACAGAAGUUUCUGCUGUUAAAUACAUCUCUUAUAAAGAGUAUAGAAGUUUACUGGCUAAACAAGAUUCAGACUAUGUCCCUUAUGAUGUUAAUGGACAAUAUGGUCAGCUCUUUGAUAUAAUUGAAAAGAGGUACAAAGAGAAUACUGUAGCACGCAGUUUGACUCUUCAAAAGCAGCUAAGUCGUUAUGCUCCUAUUUCCCUUAAUGCUGAGUUGACAGGGCUUACGGACUCAGACAAAGAGGCGCUUGUUUUCGUUGUCAAGGCUGCAAAAGUUAUGGAUGAAAUUUUUUAUCUGCAGUCAUGGUACAGUAAUCCAGCUCUUAGAGAUUGGUUGAAGGAGCAUGCUGAUGCAUCAGAGUUAAAUAAGUUGAAAUGGUUGUAUUAUCUGAUUAACAAGAGCCCAUGGUCUUGCCUUGACGAAGAUGAGGCAUUUUUGACAACUGCAGAUUCAGCAAUAAGGUUGCUUUCCAAAGCAACUAGGACAUUUAAAGAAUGGAAGGGUCUAGAAUACAGAGCAGCAUUUCCCAAACUGAAACCUGCUGGUGCUAAUUUCUACCCCCCAGACAUGGACAAAAUGGAGUUUGAAAUAUGGAAGGAAAGUUUAGAAAAGGAUCAACAGAAUGAGGCAACAGGCUUUUUCAAUGUUAUUAAAAGGCACAGCGAAUUUAUUUUAGAUUCUGAUCUGUCCGAUAACAAAGUAGGUUCUGCACAUGAUCUAUAUAUAGUUCCUUACUCUCAAGAGUAUAAAUCUAUUCUUGCAAAAGCUGCUGAUUUAUUGCAUAAAGCUGGGGACAUUAGCAACACACCAAGUUUGAAGAGGUUGCUACAUAGCAAGGCUGAGGCUUUCCUUUCAAAUGAUUAUUAUGACUCAGAUAUAGCUUGGAUGGAAUUGGACUCUAAGUUGGAUGUCACAAUUGGGCCAUAUGAAACUUAUGAGGAUAAAUUUUUUGGAUAUAAGGCUACCUUUGAAGCAUAUAUUGGAGUCAAGGACGAUGAAGCAACGGCUCAAUUAAAACUUUUUGGUGAUAAUCUGCAGCUGCUGGAGGAAAAUCUCCCAAUGGACAGUGCGUACAAAUCAAAAGAUGUAAAUGCAGCACCUAUCCGUGUUAUCCAGCUUUUAUAUAAUGCAGGGGAUGUCAAGGGACCACAGACGCUUGCUUUCAACCUACCAAAUGAUGAGCGUAUUGUGAAAGACCGAGGCACAUCAAUGGUUAUGCUUAAGAAUGUAUCUGAGGCAAAGUUCAAGCAUAUUCUUCUCCCUAUAGCUGAUGCCUGUGUAGCAAAGGAACAAAAAGAACUUGUAGAUUUUGAAUCUUUUUUUACUCAUACAAUUUGCCAUGAAUGCUGCCAUGGAAUUGGACCUCAUACCAUAACACUUCCGAAUGGUCAGAAGUCUACUGUGAGAUUGGAAUUACAAGAGUUUCACUCAGCUAUGGAAGAAGCAAAAGCUGAUAUAGUUGGCCUCUGGGCAUUGAGGUUCUUAGUCUCCCAGGACUUGCUUUCCGAAGGUUUAUUAAAGUCCAUGUAUGUUUCUUUCCUAGCUGGAUGCUUCCGCUCAGUACGUUUUGGUUUAGAGGAAGCCCAUGGAAAAGGACAAGCAUUGCAGUUCAACUGGUUAUAUGAGAAAGGAGCCUUUGUGUUGCAUUCUGAAGACACAGUUUCUGUUGAUUUUUCCAAGAUUGAAGGUGCAGUUGAAAGCAUGAGCAGGGAGAUACUCACCAUACAAGCCAAAGGUGAUAAAGAGGCUGCUGGUUUGCUUCUCCAAAAAUACAGUGUGAUGACAGAACCACUGAAAGUUGCUUUGAAAAAGUUGGAGAAUAUUCAGGUGCCGGUUGAUGUAGCUCCUUCCUUUCCCAUUGCCAACAAAAUUUUGCUAUGAAGGCAAGAGAACCAAGGUGCAAAAUAUUCCAUACUUGCCCAUCAUCUAUGCGUCGGCCAGGAAAAAUUUAUUCAAUCGAUAUGUCAUUUCUUUGUGCUAGCUGGUACUUGGAAUACUUGUUUCUCUACGAUGUUUCUGUUCUCCUUCGAUUGAUUCAAAAGGAAAACAGUCAUUGUCUUAGGGAGGAGUUUUAUUCCUUGUCUUAGUUCUUAAAUUAUAAGGUUAUGUGCUUAAUAAUGAUUGGCUCAAAUGCUAAGCUCGAAUUGUAUCGAUGCAACGGCCUUUUGUUGUUUCUCAAAAAAAUUUGAUAAUGGUUUGACUGGUAUAAGUGUCCAUA